AUGGCCAGAGUUGAUGUGUCGGUGCGCCUGGCAAUCCUCCUGAACGAUGUGGCCUUGGUCCGACGACUCCUAGAACAUCAUCCCCGGUACCUGCACAACCCCGACUUUGCUGACAAGAGCAACACCUCAUUACAUCUUGCUGCUCAAUAUGGCCUGGAAGAAAUCGCAGAACUUCUGGUCUCGUUGGGUCAUGACAGUACUCGACCUGUCCAUGAUUGGAUUUACAGCAACCAUGGAGACAACUUAGGAAUCUCGGUAAAUACGGACGGUCAGACGCCCCUACAUCUUGCUGCAGCCUACUCUCAAGCCGCAGUCGUCGAGCUUCUCUGCAAACACUUCCCUCAAACUGUGACUCGCCGAGACCACAAAGGACAGGGCCCUCUUCACCUUGCAUCAUCGUCGCAACCACCACCCAGUCUGAAUUCUUUCGUGAAUCAGACCUCGAAACCUACAUCCCAAUUAGCAGAAGACAGCGGUGCUAUUGAAGCCCUCAUCGCGCAUGGAGCGGACGUGAACGCGCAGGAUGACCAGGGAAACACGUGCUUGCACAACGCAAGCGCCUGGGGAAAUCUUAAGGCGGUCCGGACAUUGAUCCAAGCCGGCGCGGAUCCCAUGCGUAAGAACAAGGCUGGCUGGACGCCCGAGUAUUACAGUAUUACGGUGCAAGCAGAGGUAUACUACAGAAACCUGGUGGCGGAAUGGGAGAAGAGAAAGGCUGAAGAGGAAAUUCGAGCGAAUGAGAGACGAGCCAGAGGAGGGGGCGCAGUCAGACUUGUCCCACGAGACAAUGAUAGUGAUGAAGGGGAUUCAGAGUCAGGAAGGGACCGCGCAGGCAGCGCAAGAUCUCAGACAAGCAGCGCAAUUGAUACUGGAUUGGGUAUCAGUGUGGGCUACGUCGAUGCCUGGAAGUGA